AGUCGGUGGUGAGCUUUUCUAACAGCAGCAUGUGUGAACUGUGCGGGCAAUAGUGGUGUACCUAGAUAGUUUUAGGUAUUAAAAUGAAUUUACACUACAUUAUUGCCAUCGUGAUCGCGAUGGGCGUUAAAAUUUCCGUCACCGAUUCUUUUUCUACAGAAGUGAAACAGCAGGACGAGCCAUGGAAAAUGCAGCCUCAGCUAUAUGACUACGAUGAUUUCGAUGAUUGCCGACGCAGAAACCCGAGUUUUCGUUACAAUGUCGUCAAAGCACAUAUUGUUCAGAAUACAAGUUCAGUAAUGUGGCAACGUAUCACACAACAUUCUAACGAUCCCCGCCACUAUCAGCGAAACGCUUUGGAAAUCGGCAUUUGUCUAGAUCGGUGCAAAUGGGCUACUAAUGUAGAAAUGAGUAUUGAACAGCAAGCCGGAAUAUGUGCCGCCGAUCGAGUAUGGACAAACUACCAGUUGAAAUCUAUCCCGGAAACCUUAGUCAGUAUUUCUGCAGACGAUUACGAUCGACCAGUUGGAACUUUGGAAAUGAUCUUCUGUUUGACGGUUUUGUCUAUAGUAUUGUUAAUAGUUACUUGCACUAUUAUUGACUUUCAAGGCAUUUAUACAGAAUCUUUGGUAGUCAAAGCAUUCUCCUUAUCGGGGAAUUUAAAAAAGCUUGGAUCACUCAACUCUAGAUCCAGACAGGAUCUCCUAUUCCUGGACGGUAUUCGUGUGCUGACCAUGCUAACAAUCGUAUUAUGUCACGCAUCCAUUCCGAUGAUCCGAAUGCCCCUGAAAAAUCCAGAGAAAAUGGAACAACAGUUCAGCAUGUUUUGGUUCCCGAUUGCCAUGGCAGGCAACACCUAUUUGGUGCAGAUAUUUUUCGUCAUCGGUGGAGUGGUACUGGCGGUUAAUUUCAUGGAUCAUAUUAAAACACAUCCCCAGUUUAAAAUGUGGUAUUUGAUGGAUAGGAUUUUGAACCGAUUAGUUCGAAUUCUGCCAGUUUAUUCCUUUGUUAUCCUUUUUCAAGUUUCUUGGUACAAUAGACUUAAAAAUGGUCCUAUUGCAGAGAGGUAUCAAGACCACUGUAUGGAGAAUUGGUGGACGAAUUUACUGUUUGUCAAUAAUUACAUUGAAGCGAACAAACCGUGCUUGCAGUUCACUUGGUAUCUUGGAGCUGAUUUUCAAUUAUUUCUAGUAGGGACGAUAAUACUGAUGUUCAUUUGGAGAUUCCCGAAAUUUAUUAAUGCAUCGAUUUGCUUCAUGGUAAUCUUUGCAUUAGUAGUUCCGGCUGCUGUGAUUUAUUUCAACAAUUUAGACGCAACCGUUAUGAUGAUCGUUCGAUACGUGAUUGAUGAAAUCCGAAAUCUCGACUAUUACCUAAAAGUGUAUGUCACAUUUGAAAGUAAUGCAGGAAAUUACUUUUUCGGUGUGGUUACAGGGAUUGUGUAUCACCAUUUUGUCGAACAUGGUAAAACAUUGGAGGACAUACAGCAUUUCAGUGCCAUGUUCCUGUCGGCAGUCGCAUUCUUCGUUACAUUGAACACCUUGACGAUGUGUCUCCCACUUGACCACCCCGCAGAACCAUCGCUAAUUCUCGCUCUUUAUGGAUCUCUUUUGAAGGCAUCUUGGGGCUUUUUGGCAUGCUUCCUGACAUUAUAUCUCACGUUCCGGCCUCGCAAUAUUUUGGCAACGAUUCUACAGCAUCCAAUAAUGCUGGUCGCAUCCAAACUAUCCUACUGCGUAUACGUCGUCCAAUACACAGUAGUUUACGCGAUCUACCGCAAUAUCACCUUCCCGCUAAUGAGCAGCGUCUUCACCAUGAUACUAUUAACAUCCUCAAUAUUGUUCGUCACACUUAUCAUGGGCUUGCUGCUUCAUGUUUGCAUUGAAAUGCCUGUUAUGACUUUAUGCAAACCCCUUCUUGCACUGAAACGUUCAAACUAAGGGCAACAGAUACAAUGUACAAACAAUGAUUUGACCGAUGGAAGGAGUCUUUACCGAUCAUAAGGGCAAAUGUGUAUUCAAAU